AUGGCGUACAACGCCGUUGCUCAGAUUGACCACGAGGUGGCUUCGAACUCCUCCGCUUCGGCAUCACGCAGCCCCUCGCCCGCCGGGCAUGCAUUUGAACAGCUGCCGCUUGAUACUGAUCACAUCGGGGGAGGAAGCCACUUGGAACCAGCAAGAUCCGCCGACGGCUUCGACUUGGGGUCGAUGAUCCGCUCCAUGACCUCCACCAGCUACGACAUGGUGGAGGACGACGAUUAUGACGCCGACCCUCCCAGACGAUCCGACAGCAUUCGCCGAGUCCCUCCCCUCAACACAGCUGUCACGCGACAACAAUCUCCCGGACCACCCCUCCAUAGCGCAUGCAGCGAGGUUUCCGUGCCUCUGAGCCACCCGAUCCCAGAUCUACAAUCAAUACAAGGCGCGUACAUUGGGAAUGUGGAAAGAUUGGAACAGAGCGCCGAGCAACUGAGCUCCUGUUCCGCGGAUAUUGGGAGUGAGAUUCGUCGGUUGGACCAGGAGCAAAAGCAGCGUUCAUGCAGCUCAGCCGCUAAUUCGGUUGUUAUCCGCAAUGAUACAUUUUCACCGACCAGGACUAUCUCAUCUGCCCACUCGAAUGUCUCGCCUGCGCGCCUGCGCUCCGUAUCGGGAUCCCAACUUGCACGGGUCUCAGAGCCUGCGCACCAUGAGCAUGAAGCAGAUGAGUCUCUACAUAACUCUGACUUUCAUGUUGCGCAACACUCCUUCAACCCCCAAAACGACUACUACUACGAUCACCCUGAUCAACAAGUGCCCCAUGCGGAAUCAGAGAUAGAGCGACGGGCCUCGGUCGCCUCGGGUGAUACCUUCCAGCAAGCGCGCACGCUGUUCACUGAUUUUGAUGGUGUGCAUUUCACACCCUUGGACCGCGGCGCGUCCGGUCGACAGGUUCCUUUGGAUCGCCCACCGCUUGCUCGCAAUCAAGAAUCAUACAAAGAGCCGAGAAUGGGAGAAAACAUGGUGUACUAUCCCGCUCCUGUCCCCCGCAUGUUGAAUCUUCCACCAAAGUUGUCUCGCAAGACGAAUGUUGAUCGGGAAAAGCGCCGGACGCAGCUCUUGGGCGCAAUCGCUGCGGAGGACAGAAACCCUACCGCUGCUGCCGACCAACAAAGCCCAAGUAGCGGCCAGAACGAGAAGAGGAAAUCCACUGUGCCGCCGCAUUUGCGCGCAAGUGUGUUCUUUGAACAGCCAACCUCUUCCCUCCAAGUUCAGAUGAAGCAGGACUCUGCGGUUGCAACGUUGGAGAGUAUUCUAGACGCAUCUGCCAAUGCACCUGUCUCCGCCUUCACAGACCACCCUUAUGCUGGACAUCUCGGAACACAGGCGCAGAAGUCUAAACGCAAGACGUCUUCGAAUCUGCGGCCCAAUGUCGGCCACUCUCACAGCACCAGUGACGCAGUUGAACACGAUGACGCUGCCACUGUGCAUCAUCUAUCAGAAACCGAGCGAGAAAAUCCGACAGGACAUCAUCAUGGGCACGAAUCAGGAAGUACCGGUUCAGAGAGUGGCGAGCAAUCAUCAGACACUCACGACGAAGAUGAUGAGGAGCUAGACUAUGUUAGCCCACCGAACACAUUGCUCGCCGAGCUCGAGUUAAGGAAACACGAGUUGAAGCACAGACGCCGCACGGCAGUUCCCAUGCCUUACCAGGGUAUGCAGACCACUCUGCUCCAGAUUGACGAGAGAGCCCAGCAGCAAAGUGAUAAACGGCGACAACGUCCCAUCGCAUUGGCCUGGGAAAACAGAGAGGAAGACGAAGAUGUGCCUUUGGCAAUGCUCUUACCGAACCAAGGCAAUGCCCACCCUGAUGAUAGACCAUUGGGAUUGAUGGAGAAGCGACAACAGGAGGAAAACGAGCCUUUAAGCUCACGCCGGGCUCGGUUGCGUGGUGAGCCCAUGCCGUUACCGCAACCACGCCCUCCCAUAGUUGAUACGGCCCACCCAGAACCAGCUGCUGAGAGUGGAGAUGAGGUUGAGACUCUGGCUGAGCGCCUUCAACGAUUGAAAGGACACAACCGCUCGGAAAGUAGAUUCGCCAGUGAGUUGAUGGCCGAAAUCGACACUCGAGCCGGCAUUGUGCCUACAGUCAUCGAGACACCACCAGAAAACAACGAGGAAGAAACCCUCGCUCAGCGUCGUAGCCGUCUUCAAAAAGAGGCUGCUACUGCGCUCGAACCCCCAAAGCCACGAGUACGAAGGAGUAUGGCUGCGCUAACGCAAGGCCGCCCCUCCCAUCUCGCUCAGCCCUCGCAUGAUUACUUGACCCAACGACCUGUUACCAUGUCUCAAUACGGGAGGCGCAUGUCGAUGCAGCCAAAUUUCUCUUCGAAUAUGGGCUAUCCGAUGGCAGCCGGGUACCCAAUGCGGCCCCAACAUGCACACUCGAUGAUGUACCCGUCUGGCUUCCCCAAUAAUGCCGCGAUGAUGGGCAUGACAAUGGGGCAGUCUCCCAACAUGACCAGACCAACGGCUAGUCAGCUUGAGCCCGAUGUGAUCGACAGAUGGAGGCAGAGCAUCCGAUGA